AUGAAUGAUAAUAAAGAUGACGAUAGUUUAUGGAGUUUAAAUAGUGAGGAAAUACCAAGUAUGUGUGAGCAACAAGUUCUAAAUGAGGUGAGAUUAAAUAACAAAGAAGGCAGUAUACAGAGUGGAAUACAAGAACAGUGCGCGAGACCAACACCUGAGAAGAGAUUGAGAGAAGAUGGCGAGGAGAACACAGAUGAUGAUGAGGGAUUUACUACUGUGAUGAGAAACCCAAAGCGGCUAAACCGUAGUUCUUCGUUGAACUAUAAUAUUAAUCGUACAACACAAAUGGAAGACUUAACACUAGAAAAUAACUACGACGUUUAUGUUUCCUCUAAAGAAUGCCUACCUAAACAAAUAGGUCUAGCUAAACUCCUAAGAUCAGAAAACAUACUGGGUAUUAUGAAAAUAAAUUAUAAGAACCCCUUUAGGGUACGUAUACAAUUUGAAAAUAGAGAAUAUGCUGAGAAGCUAUUGUCCUGUAAAAGGAUGGAAGACUUAGGAUAUAGAUGUCAAUUGGCUCAAGAAGUAAAUUUAUCAUAUGGAAUCGUCAAAAAUAUCGAAUUGGACGUGGAUGAGAAAGAAUUGACAGAAUUAUUUACCAGCGAAUAUGAUAUUGUUUCCGUAAAACGGCUGAAACGGUUCACAGAGCAAGGAAAGUGGAUAGAUAGUGAGACAGUUCGUAUCUGUUUUAAAGGCCCUACAGUUCCCUUGACGGUUGAAGCUUAUGGUUGCAAAUUUAAAGUAGAAUCAUACACAUUUCCCGUAACGCAAUGUUCGAACUGCUGGCGUUUCGGCCAUCUACUACGCCAGUGUCCUACGAAAAGGCCGGUAUGUCCGAAAUGUGGUGAAUUUCAUGCGAACUGCGAAGCAACGCAAUAUAGGUGUAUCAAUUGUAAGGGUGCACACAUGUCUUUUGAUAAGACUUGCCCCAUAUUUUUGAAAGAAAAAGAAAUACGUCGUAUUAUGUGUGCAGAAAAUACCACGUAUAAAAAGGCACUUGAUAUUUACCUAAAAGCUGAGAAAAAUAAAGAAGUGUAUAGUAAAAAUGACAACGGUGAACUCGGUCGACGGGGAAUAAGGUUAAAUAUUAGUAACGAUACAAACAUAGUAAAUGAUUUUAAGCAUGCCCCUUCUUUUAGAGAUGUAUUAGUAGGAGAAAUUGAAAAGUCAAAGUCUCAAGAUCAUGAUAAAGAAAAACCGAUUCAAGAAAAUGGGAUAACAAUAAGAAAGGAGAAGAAAAAAGGCGAACGUGAAAGCGGGUAUAGACAUAUGGUCAUCGUGGAACAGAAUAGGGAAGAGGACCAUGCGAUUUGUCAGAAUGACGAGAACCAGGAGUCUAUUCCAAAGAAAAACAGCCAGGGCAACUAUUCGUUCUGGCAACUAAUGAGACGGAUUAAAGAUACUAUAUUUUCGAAUAAAGAAGCAGACGAGAAGAUCAUUGAGAUAGUGAAAUUAGUUUUAGAAUAUAUUAAACUCUCUUUUGUUAAAAUAAUGCAGGGUGGAGAUUGGCUAAACUCGAUUUUUAAGCUGUUUAAUGGAUAG